GACGCUCCACGCGUCACCCGCGCUGAUUGGCCGGCGUCGGGGCCCGCGGCCUCUCCAAUAUGGCGGCGCCCAGCGGAGUCCGCUCCUGCGAGGACUUUGCCGAGUUCCAGGAAUUGCUCAGGGUGAUGCGGACAAUUGAUGACAGAAUAGUCCAUGAAUUAAACACUACGCUUCCAACAGCUUCCUUUGCAGGGAAAGUCGAUGCCAACCAAACCUGUAAAGAGCUCUACCAGUCUCUGAGGGAGGCUCAUGCCAGCAGAGAGAAAAUAAUCAAAAGCUGUAUUGCUCAGACUUCCAAUGUAGUAAAAACUCUCCGAGAAGAGAGGGAGAAGGCCCAGGAUGAUGUAGCAUUAUUAAAGCAGCUCAGGCAAGAGCAGACAAAGUUGAAGCUGAUGCAGUCUGAGUUGAAUGUGGAAGAAGUAGUAAACGACAGAAGCUGGAAGGUGCGUCAGGGACUUGAAGUUUCUUCCUCUGGGCAUGUACACGGCUGCCUCAGUCUUGGUGCCCAGGCGCCUAUCUCAUGCUGAAGCCCCAGCAGGAUCCUCAAACCAGGUGAAACUAGGCAUUACCCUGCCUGUCUUGCCUGCAUGGCCCAAUCUGGUAUUUAACGAGCGCUGCAGAAUUCACUACAAGCCUCCAAAGGGCCAGUGAUACAAGGGUGCUUCACCUGAAGUUGUUCUACAAUCAUGAGAGCAAAGCUGAAGAGACAUGGAGCAAGCUGUGAGGGACCUUUUCAGAACAGGAGAACCCAGUCUCAUUUUGUUUUCAGACUCAUCUAAUUAAAAUCUCACAUUCAGCUGAUUCUCCUAAUUAAGAGAAACCAACUCCUAUUUUGUACAAAAUGUGAAAAAACUAAUACAUUUUAUAACUAUUAAAAAAAUUUCAGAUGGAA